AAAAGUGUAUCUUUGCAUAAUUUCAUAACGCGGGCUCGGGGCAGUGGCUGGCGCUGAGGAGGCUCCGGGCCCGCUCCCGCCCCGCCCCGGCGCGGCCCGGCCCGGCCCGGCCGGCACUCGGCGCCCGCCAUGGCGGGGCUGGGGCCGGCCGCGGAGCCGCGGCCGCUGCUGGUGAAAAUCGUGAUGGCCGGAGAGUCCUGCGUGGGGAAGACCUCCAUCGUGCGCAGGUACACGGAGCCCGGCUCGCCUCCCGCCGACUCUCCCGCCACUUCGUACAUGGCCACGAUCGGCAUUGAUUUUAAAGUAAAGCCAGUAGUGUUUAAUGAUACAAGAGUGAAACUUCAAAUAUGGGAUACUGCUGGCCAGGAACGGUUCCAUACACUUAGUACCAGCUAUUUCCGUGGUGCACAAGGCUUUGUUCUCGUAUAUGACAUCACAAAUCUGAAGAGUUUUCAAAGUAUAACAAUCUGGAUGAAUGACAUAUAUGAGAAAGCAGGUGAUGAAGUGGACGUAAUACUGUUGGGCAACAAGUGUGAUAAGGAGUCAGAACGAGUAGUUCCAAAACAGAAAGGAGAAAAGCUUGCUUGGGAAUACGGAAUGCCAUUUUUUGAGACCAGUGCUAAAGAAAACGUGAACAUUGAGCAUGCAUUCUCAGUCUUGACUAAGGAAAUCCUGGAAAAGAGUGUGCACACAGUAAAGAUGUUGCAUGAUGAUAGAAUCAGUAGAGCUUUUAUGUUCAGCAAUCAAAUGUUUUAUGCAAGGUUCAUAGCUGUUUGUUUGGCUGAUUUACACUAGUGCUUUUGAAGUUAUCAGAGCCUAAAGAUUUGAGUUAAUUAGUGGUAGAAUCAAUAUUGUAUCUGUCAGAAUCAGCAUCUCUCUUAACUUGAGUGUGUUGGCUUAACGGUCCUUACUCCUCAAAGUUGCAAUUCUUUUGCAGGACUGAAUUAUUGUUCAUUUGCUCUGAAAAUGUUUUGCAUUGCAAUUUAUUUUUAGGUAGCAGAAUAUUAUUUUAGACUUUAAUAGAUGUUCUUCAUGCAAUGUAUUAUCACUGCCAUUCAUCACCAAUAUUAGUUGUACAAAACUAACCUUCCACUCUGAAUACUCUUCAAGUCAUAAUAAAGAUAAAUGAGCAAAGUUACUGACAAAGUCACAAAUAGCAGUGUUUUGGUUAACUAACCAUAGGGGAUGGUCAGAAUAACAGCUCAGGGUUGGACUGCUUCUAAAUCAGGGUCCUGUCAUACUACAUAGUACCACAAGUUGUAGUUGGUUAUUUUGGGGGAGGAAAAAAAUGGCAAAAAAAUAUUUUGGUUACUUUCACAUGAAAAUGAAGCUCAGCAACUGAACAGUCAAAUGUUGUUUAGAGCAGGAGGAUAAUGGCAGGCCCUCAAGUUACUGACCUUGUUGGAAAAAAGUCUCAAGUAAAAUAACUCUGAUUUUGUUGUAAAUGAAAAAGACAUUGUCUACUGUAAAUAGAGAAUAUAUUGUUAGUAUGAAACAUGAAAACAAAACAAUAGCUAUGAUCAUAACUGCUUCAAAGACAAAUAUGUGUGAAGUGAGCAUUGCUGCAGAGUGUUUGGAUGAUAUCUAAGAGAAUUCUCUGCACAUGCAGACAUGGUGUUUGGGUAUUUUUCACAUUAAAGAUUGCCUACACUUACUUUAUGGUAAGUGAAAUUUCAGUAUUCCUACUCACCUUCAUGAAAAUUCAUGGAGUUUGUGAUAUGGACAUGGCAAAAAAAUUAGACCACAUUGAACAUGUUGCACUAGUGCUUGGUUUUAAUUAGAACUGCUUUGAACAGUUGUAUGCUCUGCAUGUAUGUGUGUUUGGAAAAUGUGCCUGUGAGAAUUUGUCUUAUUUGUCUGUAGUAACAUUUCACCUUAGCUAAAAAUAUUUGGAAUCCUGAUGAAGCAUCAUGUAUCAUUAUUUUGGUGUAUAAUUUGCCAUUUUUAGCAAAAUGCAUUUGUUGAUUUAAACAAGAACCCCUUUAGCCCAAUUGGUUUUACCACUGGCCUGAUGAGAAACAGUUUGCUGGGGAAAAAAAAUCUGCUAUACAGUUUCAUCAUGGUUUUCAGGUUCGACAAAAUAAUUUGCCUGUUCACAAAACUGUGAAAUCUGAAUGUAGUGCUUGAAUUUUAACUUUCUCUAACUGAUGAAAUUUUGGAGAAUGGAAAAUGCAGUAGCAAGUGUGACUAGUAGCUGUGAAAAAUGACAUGAUAGAUGCCAGUGUGAGAUAAUUUCAGUCAUACAUCCAUUUGGUAGUGGUGAAAUACGUAUUUGCUGAUUGUGAAAAGGAGAUACAGCUUUGCACAGUGUUUUGGCCCAAGGCACCUAUGCCUGGGGGUAUCAGGCCUCCCUGCCCUCUGCAAUGGACCAUCUGUCCCAGACUGAUGAGAUGCUUCAGUGGAAGCACAUCAUUGCUUUCCCAGUCCCACAGAAGAAAGGAACUCCCUAGGACAGUCUCUUAUGGCCACGCUUUUGGAAAGUGCAUGAAGCUUACUCAGAGAUAAGAUAAAUAAGCAGGGUAGGCUGGCAGGCAGUAGACCAUUCUCAGAUGCAUUGCAGUAGACUGUAUUAAAUCUGAGGAAAUCUAGGACUUUUUAUGUACAUUCUUGCUUGCCAUCUAGUGUGGACAUGUCGUUUAGUAACUUCAUUUACACAAAGCACUCCUGUAGAUGGGCAAGAUUGGUGUCCAGAAUUACAGAGUUCAUACAGAAGUACUAAACUUCUUGAUUCUUUCAAAAUUUGGAACAGGUUGUGGUUCAGUGGUGGGUUGGGGAAAAAAACACAUUAAAAAGUUUCAUAUUAAAGACAUUUAAACACCACAAAACAAAAAAGCACAAGUGUUCCAGUGUAUUGUCACUAUUUUGUACUGCAUUUUCCCAUCUCUUUUUGCAGUUUGUUUUGUAGUGGGCUUAAGGGAGAGAGAAGACUUCUAUGUCCCCGUGAUCUGGGUAACUAAAGUGCUGCUUGACCUUUGAGAUACUUUUCAUCUCAGCCAUUCUUUGCUGGGUCUUGGUCUUGCAGCUCUAAUUUAGUCUCAUUAAAACCAUCAGAAUUUUUUUUGAGAUUUUUUUUUUUUUGCUUACAUUGGUAACAGCUGAGUCAUGCCAUUUUUCUGAGAACUCACAAUAUUCAAACCAAUCAGUUAAUAAUAACUGAAUGCAGAGGAGUUUUAACUUCCUCUGACUGACAAGUUUUUGGAGAAGGGCAAUAAUAACCCAUUUGAUUCUAUUUGAAAGGCUGCAGUGGAAAUAAAUGUUAAUGACAUAGAUUAUUCCAGGAGUUUGCUUAGACAUGUUUACAAAUAACAGUAUUUUAUUUAUUCACAAGUCUCAUGAAUCUCAGGUAUGCCUAAACCUGUUCAUUAAUAGAUGACAGCUGUUCUUUGACAAUGCUUCUGGUUGCCAGGGAGCUAUUUAAACUUGUGAGUCAGUCCUCUAAAAACAACCAAAACCAAAAAAAUACCACCCAGAAUGCAGUUAGCAUUUGCUCUUUUGUGUUCUUUGGUUUCAUGCCUGGCAAGCAGUAGUGUUCUCAAGCAGGUUUUCAAAAAAAUAUCACAAGCCUUUGUAUAUGUCCUUUUGGGAGUGAUUGUUGGUAUUUUUCUAAACUAGGAUUGGGAGAGAACACCAUUAAAAAAACCAAAAAGGGCAAAUUAAGUUAUCACCUUUUUCUGAAAACUGCAAUAAAACUAACCAAAAUCUGCAUACCUCCCAAGAGUGAUUGACUACUAAGACUAUUUUAAUCAUAUUAAAUAAACAUAUAUCUCCUGAGUAGAGAGCAGUGAAAAUCCAUUUAAGACCUUGCCCUGUGUUGUUGAGAGUAACAUUUAAUGUUUAACAGCUGGAUGUCAUUUGAGAUGAACAUUCAGAAGUAGCAGGCCUUAAUUUUGCCCUUCCUUCAUUUCUUUACACUUCUUUCCUAUGGCAACAAGAUUGUUGAGAUUAUACUGUUUUCUAUUCCUUUGCUCUUAAAGUACCUUUGGAAUUUUUUAGCUGAUUUUAAACAAAUUUGACAGAUCAAACUAAAAAAUAAUUAAGUUCCUGAGUAGUUCCUUGAAAAUAAGGUGAGGCAGAGUACUCUGCAGAAGAAAAGUCUUCAGCAUUAGUUCAUAGAAUAGUAGAGACCACUACACAGAGAGACUGCAAAAUGCUUCAACCAGCUACUCCAGCUGGAGCUUGUAUCACAGAUAUCAAAUUUAAUUCACUUCAAGACCUAAAUCCAUAGGAAAUCGGAUUUCAUUAUUGCUGAGGUUCAUGGAAUUGUUAGUUUGUCUAAAAGAUCCCUGUGUCUCCAGCAGUGCAUACUCAGUAUUUCUUUAUUACCCUUAGUCAUGCAUGGAGCCCCAGGCUUUGUUUGCCCUUUAUUUAUCUUGUACUGACCACAGAAUAAUAAUUCCUUCAAGAGGUUUUUCAUAAUGCUUGUCCUGCUGUACUUAAGAUCCAUUUUAGAUUUUUAUCUCCUUAACUUUCUUAGUAACAUUAGGUAGAUUCGGCAUCGCACAUGUGGGAACAGAGGUACUGAGAUUAAAGCAAAGAGGAUAAAUGGUACCAACUCGCUUAGUGCUGGUGCAAUGUAAGGCAAAAUUUAACUACACUAUCUUAUUUAUUUUUUUUAAAGUCUGUUCUGGACAUUGAAUGAGCCAGAUAUUUUUCUGGAAACAGAACAGUAGCAUAUAAUUAGGUCAUGUAAAUCAAAACUUAAUCACAGCAUCUGUGAAUAGGGGAUGAGACUCGUCUUGGCCAGCUAAAAUUUGCGUGACUAGUCUGGUUUCUGGAAUCAUCUCUAUUCAAUGGAAAGAGAUGAGUCUUUAGGAUAAAAUUGUGUUUCGGAGGUGCCUUUCUCCCUCCAUUGAUUAUGGAGGCCUCCAUCUCUCAGCCUAUAUGGUUUCAUAUGAUUCAAACUAAAUAAAAUAAACUCCAGGAGAAAAAAAGAAAUUUACAGAUUUGGCUUACUUCUGGCAUUUGCUUUUGCAGGAUAUUGACUUUGAAGAUAUAUUGCUCUCUUAAAUAAGGUUUUUAUGAUGCAACUAUAUUAAACAUCACCUAGAUGAUUUGUAGGGUUGAGGAACCUCACAGGAGAUGCACACCUGUCUUCUCAAGUUUGUGAAUAACUAAUUGCAGGACAACAUUGUUACAGUCUACGUGGUAGUAACAGGAGAGGGAGAUAGAGCCCCACGCUUUGCCAGUGGGUUAGAUGUUUCAGACAUGGUGGAAUAGCAGGCUUUGGGAGCAAGACCUUCAUCAACAUUCCUUGAGGAGUGUAGUCAGCAGCAGUUAGAUCCUCCUGUGCCAGACCUCAUAUCCUCUUCUCCUGCUCCUGUACCUCUUCCCACAGUGAUUGCCUUCCCUGCUAAUAUAUCCCUAGCCCUUGCUUAAUACUGCUUGUGCCAUAUCCAGCCCAUUGUGAUCGUGAGACUACUCUCUUAUAUUUUGAACAGAUAAUUUGAAUUCCAGAAUAUAGGGGAAAUACAUAAAAAAUGUCGGGACGAUUAAUAACUGAGCUCUCUCUAAUGGCAGGUCAGGCACUGAAGUCACAUGGGACUUGAUUUCAUGAAGUUCUCUGCCAGUCUUUGUCAACUAUCACAGUUAAAUAUAAACAAAAUGAUUGCAGUAAUUAAGUAGGAUCAUUUUUUAAUAAGACUAAAAAUCCUCAAAAUUUAAAGAAGUUAUAAAUAAUAGUAACCUCAGUUCCAGUCUCUUCUGUUUGUUUCUCCAAAGCUUCUAAUUUUUCAGCAAGCACUCCAGGUCUGACUUUGACUGGGAACAUGAUAUGGAUAAAGCAAAAUCCUGUCACUCUUUCAAACCCACAGUGAGCCCCACUUUCAAAAU